GGGACCGUGGUGUGGACAGCCGGAGGCUGGAUGCUAAUCAUCUGCGCCGAGUCCGGGCGCUGCCCGAAGUGCUGACCGUGGAACUGUCCGCAGUGCUGAAUUGGGAUCGAGUCCACCACGCGCGGUCCGCGUUGCGGAGGAUUUGGGGCCGCUGUCGGCGACAUUAGCGCCGGAGUCUUGCCUCUGCUCCCACACCUCUGGGAGCUGUACGUUCAGUUGAAUCCAGAGGCGUCACAACCAGGUGCAGAACCCUGAGAUGCUGGAGCAGACUCUGCCCGCAGGGUCUGUCCUGGCGCGGGAUGGCAGAUGCCUGCCAGUCUGCAAUUCUCAGGCACUGUUGGUGACGAAAACCCAGCACACUGUCGGCGGCGGCCCUGCCCACCGUCGAGGCUGCCUCCAGAACCAGUCCCUCUUGGAGGACCUCACCUUGGAAGCCCACCCGCUUACUUACCACUCUAGGGAAGUAAUUUUCUGAGAUUUGGGGAUGGCCUGGCUUCCUGUGUUGAAGCAGAAGGUUCUGCUAUCCAGACCCGGGCUUCUCUGAGACCAACAGAUGGAAGGAUGCAGGCUGCCGACCUGUCACAUCCUGAGGGAAAAAAGUGACUCCAAGCUUUUCUGGUGGGGAGGGGGUGGAGAGGUUCAUGGAUUAUGUGUAAAGGGGCCCCUGGCACUCUUUCAAAGACGGUAGAGGUGGUAGCCCCUGGGAAAGGGCCUGGGUAGAGAAGCAAAGAAUUCUGAUGUCUCCCCUUGCUAAGUGGUCUCUCUACUUCAUUUUCACCAGAAGCCCCAGAAGGCAAAUGAGAAAGGUCUCCGUCUCCUCCAUGACUGGUGAACUGACCUCGGAUCUGGGUGGAUUUGGGGUGCAACCAAGAAUUCCCAGAUCUGCUGCUAGUUGACAGUUUCCUCCCACUAGUUGACAGUUAAAUAUAACUUGGGGGAACGUGGGGAGGGUUAAGAGGGUCACUGACUUCUAUCCCUAAUGUAAAUGCUGACCUUAGAGUAUUUGCCAGGGACUCUGUGGAAGGCUGAGAACAACACUCGCUUCAAUGAAAACAGAAGGGGGGGGGUUCUAACCCCCAGAACUUGUUAAUGUCACCAUAAGUGGUUAAAAAAGGAUUGGCAGUGUGAUGCGGAUUUUGACAUGAAGGGAUGAAUCUGGAUUGGAUAACUGGUUCCAAAGCAACCAUAAUGGUCCUCAUGAGGGCAGCAAGACUCGGAGCCAGAGGAGAUGGCAACAUGGACCUAGAAGCAGAGGGUGAAGUCCGGCACUGAAGCUGGGAGAGAGGACAUAAGCCAUUAAGUUUGUGGUCAUUUGCCGCAAGCCUUGGGGAAUGAAUGCAGUUAUCCUCCUGGACUCCAAAGCCUCCCAGGCUGAACUGGGUUGGACCGCUCUGCCAAGCAAUGGGUGGGAGGAGAUUAGCGGCGUGGACGAACAUGACCGUCCCAUCCGCACGUACCAAGUAUGCAACGUGCUGGAGCCCAACCAGGACAACUGGCUGCAGACGGGUUGGAUCAGCCGCGGCCGUGGGCAGCGCAUCUUCGUGGAACUGCAGUUCACGCUGCGCGACUGCAGCAGCAUCCCUGGCGCCGCGGGCACCUGCAAGGAGACCUUCAACGCUUACUACCUGGAAACCGAGGCCGACCUGGGCCGUGGGCGUCCCCGCCUAGGAGGCAACCGGCCCCGCAAGAUUGACACUAUCGCAGCCGAUGAGAGCUUCACGCAGGGCGACCUAGGGGAGCGCAAGAUGAAGCUGAACACAGAGGUGCGCGAGAUCGGCCCCCUCAGCCGGCAAGGCUUCCACCUGGCCUUCCAGGAUGUGGGUGCAUGCGUGGCGCUGGUCUCCGUGCGUGUCUACUACAAGCAGUGCCGUGCCACAGUGCGGGGCCUGGCGUCCUUCCCAGCCACAGCAGCCGAGAGUGCCUUCUCCACGCUGGUGGAAGUGACUGGAACAUGCGUGUCCCACUCGGAAGGGGAACCUGGCAGCCCUCCCCGCAUGCAUUGCGGCGCCGACGGCGAGUGGCUGGUGCCGGUGGGCCGCUGCAGCUGCAGUGCAGGAUUCCAGGAACGUGGUGACAUCUGUGAAGCAACCUGGGAGGAGGAUGAGAUCCGCAGGGACCGCGUGGAGCCCCAGAGCGUGUCCCUGUCGUGGCGGGAGCCUGUCCCUGCUGGAGCUCCCGGAGGCAACGGCACAGAGUAUGAGAUCCGCUACUAUGAGAAGGGUCAGAGUGAGCAGACUUACUCCACAGUGAAGACAGGGGCACCGGCUGUCACCGUCACCAACCUCAAGCCUGCUACCAGAUACGUUUUUCAGAUCCGGGCAGCCUCCCCAGGGCCAUCAUGGGAGGCCCAGAGCUUCAACCCCAGUAUCGAAGUGCAGACCCCAGGGGAAGUUGCCUCGGGGUCCAGAGACCAGAGCCCCGCAGUAGUUGUUACUGUUGUGACCAUCUCCGCCCUCCUGGUCCUGGGCUCUGUGAUGAGUGUGCUGGCCAUCUGGAGGAGGCCCUGCGAUGGCAAAGGAAGCGGGGACGCCCACGACGAGGAGGAACUGUAUUUCCACUUCAAAGUCCCGACACGCCGCACGUUUCUGGAUCCCCAGAGCUGCGGGGACCCGCUGCAGGCUGUGCAUCUGUUCGCCAAGGAGCUCGAUGCCAAAAGCGUCACCCUGGAGAAGAGCUUGGGAGCAGGGCGAUUUGGGGACCUGUGCUGUGGCUGCCUGCAGCUGCCCGGUCGCCAGGAGCUGCCUGUGGCCGUCCACACUCUGAGGGAUGGGUGCUCCGACUCCCAGCGGCUCAGCUUCCUGGCUGAGGCCCUCACCCUGGGGCAGUUUGACCACAGCCAUAUUGUGCGGCUGGAAGGGGUGGUCACCCGAGGAAACCCCUUGAUGAUUGUCACGGAGUACAUGAACCUUGGGGCCCUUGAUGACUUCCUCAGGCAUCACGAGGGGGAGCUGAUGGCGGCGCAGUUGAUGGGUCUGCUGCCGGGGCUGGCAUCGGCCAUGAAGUAUCUGUCUGAGAUGGGCUAUGUGCACCGGGGGCUGGCAGCCCGCCGGGUGCUCGUCAGCAGUGGCCUCAUCUGUAAGAUCUCUGGCUUCGGGCGGGGUCCCCGGGACCGAGCAGAAGCUGUCUACACCACCAUGAGUGGCCGGAGCCCAGCACUCUGGGCAGCUCCUGAGACGCUUCAGUUUGGCCACUUCAGCUCUGCUAGUGACGUGUGGAGCUUUGGCAUUGUCAUGUGGGAGGUGAUGGCCUUUGGGGAGCGGCCCUACUGGGACAUGUCUGGACAAGACGUGAUCAAGGCUGUGGAGGAUGGCUUCCGGCUGCCACCCCCCAGGAACUGUCCCUCCCCGCUGCACCGGCUGAUGCUUGACUGCUGGCAGAAGGACCCGGGUGAGCGGCCCAGGUUCUCCCAGAUCCACAGCAUCCUGAGCAAGAUGGGGCAGGAGCCAGAGCCCUCCAAGUGUGCCGCGAACACCUGCCUCAGACCUCCCACCCCUCUGGCAGACCGUGCCUUCUCCACCUUUCCCUCCUUCGGCUCUGUGGGUGCCUGGCUGGAGGCCCUGGACCUGGGCCGCUACAAGGACAACUUCUCUGCAGCUGGCUACGGAAGCCUGGAGGCUGUGGCUGAGAUGACCGCCCAAGACCUGGGGAGCCUGGGUAUCUCUUCCGCCGAGCAUCGAGAAGCCCUCCUGAGUGGGAUCAGCACCCUGCAGACUCGAGUGCUGCAGCUCCAGGGCCAGGGGGUACAGGUGUGAGCACCUCAAUCCUGCCCAAGGACCUGCAAGCUACACCCGCCGUGGGUGGGAGGAGCGAGCGCUCUCUUACUCCUAGUGGGCCCUGAGCGGGUUGGUACCACGUUAUCCCCCCCAUUUCAUAUCUCCUCUCCACACCUUGCUGACCUAGUGGUCCUACAAAAGAGGUUCAGAUCCCUGGAGAGGACCCCAGAGAUAACAGCAGGAAGAAGGUUAGGGUGUCAAGGGCAAAGCUGUUUGGGGGAAGACAGUCAAUUUCAGUUGUCUUGCCUCAGGCCCCUUGGUCUUCCACGCUCACUGGGGGUUGGACCUAAUCAGUCGGCAUCUCAUUUCCUCAGAGAGCUUUUAGCCUGCCAGGCAGUAAGGGUCCCCGAGAGAGACCCAUUGGUUGUAGCAGAGGCCACAGCUGCCUGGUCACCUGAGUAUGGGACCCUGGGCUAGUGGGUGGUGUCCCUUAAUUCCUAUGCCUUGGCUAGGUCUGUCUGAACCCUGGUCCCAAGGCCCAAGCAGGAAAGUGGUGCUGAGCUCAGGGACUGGACCCCCCAGGCGGAGACUUCAGAGCUGAUGGCUUCCUGCCUUGGGUUAGCAGGUCAGGGUGAGGGCCAGGUUCCUACUAGGGCACACAAGGUCCUGGGGCUCCCCCGGGCCUGGCUGUCUCAUUUGUUUGGGAACUGAGUCAGAGGAGCCUCGGGGGAGUGGGGGAGGUGUUGCUCUGCAUUCUGGAGAGUAGAGAGAAGGGGAAGAGACUGAGGAGGCAGUGGUUUUGACAGUCUGGUUCAACCGCACUGUAUAGAUGGGGAAGUCAGAGCUUAUAAUCUCAGAGCCAGGGUUUGAUGCCAGACCGAAAUCCAGGGAGAAGGCUGACUCUGGAGAGAGCUUGCCGUUCCCCAUGGCACCAGCCCUGUUCCCUGGGCAGCCCAGCGACUCCUCGCUGGGUGAGUCCCUUCAGGCUGCUCUGCCCCCACAUGCCAUGCUUCCUCUGUGGAGUGUGUGUGUGUGUGUGUGUGUGUGUGUGUGUGUGUGUGUGUGUGUGUGUGUGCUGUCCAGAGCCCUUGAAGGAGUGUGGUGCUACCUGACCUAUCUGCAAGGGCCCUGGCAGCUGUGAGAACUUGAGACCAAGACUAUUUCUUGGGAGGGCAGAGAGGCUGCUGGAUGUGGACAGGACCAAAUUUUUCUGCAUCAUUCCUGAUGGCUCCCUGCUCUGUUUCUGCUGUGGUAGGGAAGAGAGGCAGCAUGGGCUGGGCCAGCAAGUGGGAGUGCAGAGAGGCAGACAGAAUCCAGUGUACCAUUGGAGGGAUUAGACUAGGAGCCCAUGGGGGACAGGGAGGAUGGCCAGGUGGACUGUUGACAUGUAUGUGUCAAGGGGUGUCCAGAAGGCUUCUUAGCCUAAGUCAGAACUGAAUAAGGUCUUGAGGGGUAGAGCGUUCUCUCUGUAGGGUGGUUGGAGUUACCAGCAGGCUCGGAAUUCAAGCAAGGAUCUCUAGCAGAGAGUCUGGGGGCCGGAAGCCACAGCAUCUUUGGAGAGUACCCCAUAGGGGGGUCAGUGACUCUCAGCAGUGCCUUUGGCCUUGAUCUGCCAGCAGCAGCUCUUCCCUCGUCAGAGCCUGCCCCAUUUCUGGCUCUCUGCUCCCUGGACACCUGCCUGAGCUCAGUGACUGCAGGAACGCUAGGGUAGACUGGGCUACUGCACCCACCUUUGACAGACCUGGGGGAACUGAUAGGCCCCCCCCACAGGCUCUUCCUUCAUUCUCCCUCCAGGGGAAACUGGCCCAACAUCCCAGGCUCCUGGGGACCAGUGCCCUGGCUUGGGUGAUCAGAACCUCGUCCCCAUCUCCAGCCACAUCAGUCAUUCUCAAGGUCAAACUCCUCCCCUCCCCAGUUGUCGGCAGAGGGGGUCCCUGGUUGUGUUGGCAAGACUUCGGUGUCCAGGGUAGACCUCCCCUCUGAUGAGGAGUGAGGUCCUAGAAUCCUGAGAAGGUCCCAGGCCUCAGCCCUGCACAGGCACCAGCAUGAUACAGGGUGCUAGGUCGCUGGGGACCCUCCACAGAUCUAUUUUUAUACAUAGAGCUUGUUUGCUGGACAGAGAAAGGUGGCCUGGAACCCAUAUUGCGCUGUCUGCACCCACCCGGGGAGGGAGGGGCUGGGUGUGGGUGGAGGCUCCUUUGAGGAGCUCUGGAGAUGCUUUUUAUAUUUCUUGGGUUCUAUAUGCAGUACAAAGUAAUAAAAACUUGUCUGUGUUAUGGUC